GAUUAAUAAUAAAUCCUUGAUGAGUACUUCUCCUUAGAUUCUCCUCUGUUUUCACUGUCAACCACCCUCUCCCAAAUCCAAAUCACUACCAUCUCAUUCAACCAUCCCAAAGUUUCUAAAUUCGUCUCUGGGUUUUUCUCUUCAUCCCUUAGUCUCAAAUGGGUCGUAGGCUAAACGAUCCAGAACACUCCCGUUUUGCCUCUCUCAUCCUGCUCUCGGUGGCUCUCUUAUCCUGUGUUUUGGUCUAUGCAGUUGUUUCGACUUUCUUGAACCCCAAUGUGGGUUCUCAAGAUUCGAGCUUUGAGUCAUUGGAAAUGGUGGCGAGUGGUGAUUUUGGGGAGAAGAAGGACGAGUGUUGUAGAGGCAUCGAGAAUUUGGAGCUAUGGGGUCCAGCUGUGAAGUGGGGAUCCGAGUUCAAGUUCAAUUCCUCCGCGGAAUGUUGUCAGGCUUGCAAGACCAUGUGUAGUGGCAAUGAUGGACCUUGCUUGUGCGAUACUUGGGUCUUUUGUGGGAACAAGGAGGCCUGCGGAUCGAGAUUUGGGGAGUGUUGGUUGAAGAAACAAAAGGACCCUUUGUCCCCUGAUCGGCAGGAUGCAGGAAAAAGCGUUAUUUGGACCUCUGGGCUCAUCUUUGGGAAAGGAGAGGGCAUUGUUGGGAUGGAAACUGAAUAUGGUACUCUUCAUAUAAAACUUUUCCCAGACUGUGCUCCGUAUUCCGUGGCCUACAUUCUUGAGUUGUUAACAAUGCGCCAUUGUGUGGGUUGCCAAUUUUAUCGUGCAGAAAGCCGAGGACAGUCCUGGGAUUCAGAAGGAAAUCACAUAAAAGAUGCUCCUUAUGGUCCACCAUUCGCACUGAUUCAAGGAAUUCUUGAAGCCCAAGGAACCCCAUUCAACAAGAUGCCAACUGAGGCUUGCCCUACCAUAAGAAGGGGAUCAGUUGCCUGGAUUGGCUCUGGUCCGGAGUUCUUUAUAAGCCUAGCGAACCACGGAGAAUGGAAAAACUCAUACACCGUGUUCGGUUCUGUUCUUCCUGAAGACAUGGAGGUUGCUGAAAAAAUCGUGCAACUGCCAACCAAAUCAGAUGUCUGGAACAACAUUAACGUGUCUGUCUUGGAAAAGCCUGUUCCUUUGAUUGUGCGAAGAAUGAAGAAGAGUCUUGGAGAUCUUAAUUCAAAUGUGAAACCAGAGUGAAGCUGAUAUACAUAUAUACAUACAUAUAUAUAUUUGUUUUAUACUACAGUGUUGUACAAUUUUCUUCAUAUUUUCUUUAAACACAUUUUCCCUUUUUUCCCCUUUUUCUUUCAAAGAAGUAAAACAAAGUUCUUGAGUUACUUCAUUGUUCUCAUGUAUUUUCUUGAUAAGUUGCUGAAUGUUUAUGUAAUUUUCAGUUUAAUCACUGUAUGUUUAUAGUAAAGAAAAAUAUUGUCAUCUUUCAAGCUAA